AUGGUUCACUACAAACUCAUAUAUUUCCCAUUGAGAGCUCGUGCUGAAAUCGCCAGACAAAUCUUUGCUUAUGCUGGAAAAGAUUACAAUGAGGAAAUAAUCACUUUCGAGAAAUGGCCUGCAUUGAAAAAUUGCACUCCAUUCGGUCAACUUCCAGUACUUGAAGUUGAUGGAAAACCACUUGGACAAUCAUACGCAAUCGCUCGUUACUUGGCAAAAGAGUUUGGAAAUGCUGGAAAGAAUGAGAUUGAAGAAGCUGAAGUUGAUGCAAUUGCAGAUCAAUUCAAAGAUUAUUUGAACGACGUUGUUCCAUAUUUGACUGCACUCUCUGGAUUAAAACCAGGAGAUGUCAACCAAUUGAGAACGGAUGUGUUCGUUCCAAAUUUUAAGAAACACUUUGCUUUCUUCGAGAAUAUUCUCUCUUCUAAUCCAAGUGGAUUCUUCGUUGGAAAUGAUUUGACUUGGGUUGAUUUGUUGAUUUCUCAACACGUUCAAGAAGUUUUGGAGAAGGAUUUGGCUGUUGUUGAGGAGUUCAAGAAGGUUUUGGCUCACAGAAAGAAGGUUCAGAGUCUCGAUAGAAUCAAGCAACACAUCGCCAGACGUCCAGAAUAUCCAUUCUAA